AUGGAUGCUGGUGGACUCUUGUCCUGUACAAAUGAUGGCGUGCGGGCAGGGGCAGUACCGCAGACACUGGGUUCAGUACGUCGAUACCAGCCGGUCCCUCUCCCCCCCGGCCUCAGGACGUCCCACGUGAGGGGAAAGCUCAGGGCUGAGGCACUCCAGGAAAGCACCAGCGGUGGGCUGAGGCGCCCCACGGCCCGGCCCUGCCGCUUCGCCCGGCCCCGCCGCUCCCGGCCCCCCCCGGGCGCCCCCGGCCUGGCGGCCGCCCGCUCCCCGCAGGCCGGGGCGGGCCGGGGGCGGGCCGGGCAUGGCGCCGGCGGCGCUGUAACGCGGAGCGGUGCCCGGCGCCGUGCGCAGCCGGCGGGCAGCGGGAGCCGGGCGGCGGCUCCUCCUCCUCCUCGCUCCGGCUGCGGGCGGCGGUGCGGCGCGAUGGACUGGCAGGUGCUGACCCGGGAGCUGUCCCUCUACCUGGAGAGCCAGGUCCGCGUGGGGCUCUUCGGCUCCGGCGUGGGCUUGUCCCUGGUGCUGGGCUUCGGCGUCGCCUACGCCUGCUACUACCUCAGCAGCAUCGCCAAGAAACCCCAGCUGGUGUCAAGCAAUGAGCGUUUCUGCCGCUUUCUGGAAGAGUAUUGUCCUGUUGUGACAGAAACUUACUACCCCACGAUUUGGUGCUGGGAAGGUCGGGUGCAGACACUCCUGCGUCCCUUUAUCACCUCUAGACCCCAAGUACAGUACAGAAAUGAGCUCAUUAGAACAGCAGAUGGAGGACAGAUUUCGUUGGAUUGGUUUGAUAAUAAUGACAGCUUAUAUUAUCCGGAUGCCAGCACAAGACCUACAGUCCUGUUAUUGCCUGGUCUGACGGGAACAAGCAAGGAAUCCUACAUUCUUCAUAUGAUCCAUCAAAGUGAAACACUGGGAUAUAGAUGCGUGGUUUUUAACAACCGAGGAAUUGCUGGUGAGGAACUUCUGACUCCAAGGACUUACUGUGCAGCUAACACGGAGGAUUUGGAGGCAGUUAUUCAUCACAUACACAACUUGCACCCCUCAGCUCCCUUCAUGGCAGCAGGUGUUUCUAUGGGAGGCAUGCUUCUUUUAAAUUACCUGGGCAAAACUGGCAGAGACACUCCUUUAAUGGCAGCUGCAAUUUUCUCUGCGGGUUGGAAUGUUUUUGAAUCUGUAGAAUCUCUGGAGAAGCCACUAAACUGGCUUCUUUUCAACUAUUACUUGACUACUUGUCUACAAUCCUCUAUCAGCAGGCAUCGACAAAUGCUGGAGAAAUUAUUUGAUAUGGAUCUUGUGAUGAAGGCUAGAACUGUUAGAGAAUUUGAUAAACAGUUCACUUCAGUCAUGUUUGGCUACCGUACAAUUGAUGAUUACUAUGAAGAUGCCAGCCCAUGUCGCAAGCUGAAGUCUGUAGGCAUUCCAGUGUUAUGCCUAAACUCUGUGGAUGAUGUUUUCUCACCAGGUCAUGCUAUACCGGUGGAAACUGCCAAACAAAACGCAAAUGUAGCUUUGGUUCUGACUUCUUGUGGAGGCCACAUUGGUUUUCUGGAAGGAAUAUGGCCAAGGAAGUGCACUUACAUGGACAGAGUCUUCAAGCAGUUUGUGCAAGCUGUGUUUGAGCACGGAAACAAAAUCUUUAGCAUGUAGCUUUGGCUAUAGCACAGUGGCACAUUCCAACAAGGGCAGUUAAGCUUAAUGCACAGAUUUUAACUACCAUAAGCCAGCAAAUGGAGGAAGUCCAUUACUACACGCAAAAAUAUUUUUUGCCUAAGAUUUUGUAGCAAGAAACUAAAUAAUAUGUUGUCACUUUUGUAUUUAUUUUUAAUAUGCCUUACUAAGAAUGACCUUAAAUGAAACAGCAUUCUGCAUACAUCAAAUUGCACUUAACCAAAAUCAUCAAGCAAGUAGAUCGUAAUUCCUCAAGAUUUUAAUUUAAACCAGUACGUAUUUAGAAGAGUUAAUUUAGACGGCUUUUAAUAUUAGAAUGGCAACGUUCAAAAUAGCAUUUGUUGUCCUGCCAAACAUAGUACAAGUUGGCCCGUUCCUUAGGUGAAAAUCUGCAGAAAACGAAAGGAAGGAACAAAAAGAAGCACUGACUCUUCAAACAAGUCUAAAUUGCAGCAUGCUAUUCUGUAGCAUUAGACUGAUGGACGUUUGCUGUUUUACCCUGACAAUAUCCAGAUCUAGGGUUAGUUAUUGUGUUUUAAACUAUGCCAAUGCCAUAUUCAUUUUACGUGUGUAUUUUUUUAAGCGGCUUAUGUAUAGUGUUUACAUAUAACCAAAAGAUUCCUUUAAAAGAGUACUGUAAUAACUUAUGUAAUUAAAAGACAUUUUGCAUUUCAGUGUUUGUGUAUAGCUGGGCGUUGUCAUAUCUGUAAUAGAUACUUCAUAUAAGUGGUAAAUUCAAUUACUGUCUGUUAUGUUUAUAUUACCUUGCAAGAACGUUACAGUUUUAAAUAAGAAACCAUAGAGCACUAGGAAAUUAUGAUAUAAUCUGUUUUAAAUUAAAAAAUGUAUCAGUCUGAAUCCAUUAUCUCUGCUAUUGUUUCUGAUAAUUUCCAAUAAGAAUGUAACAGAGUGUUUCCAGAAAGAUGAGAGCUGGGACAGGGUGGUGUCGUUGGUUUGCUUAUUUGAUCGUGUGUCUGCGCUUCAGCAAUAGGUUGUCAGUCACUGAAGCCUCCACAGACCGAUUGCUGCCCCGGUGGCUCAUGAGGUUGUGAGGCUGCCUGAGACAGUGCUGUUUGCAGCCCUGAAAGACAGAGAGCUACAGUGGAUCCUUGAGGAAAAAGGACAAUUUUGAAAACUGCUGGGAAGACCUAAGUUAGGUCAGAGUGAAAUGAAAUCUUCGAAGCAGCUUCUGUGGAGGUCCUCUCCCACGCUAAUGACUGUUUUGGGCCCAGCAACACAAGAUCAGGCAGUGGAGAUGCCUUUGCAUUUUUAUUGUUAUGUUUUGAACAGGGUCAGUGCAAGAAGAAAAUGUGGCUAAAAAGCAAGUCAGGUCAUCUGUCUUCAGUAGCACGUGAACAGCCCUCUUGCAAGGCAAGUAUCCUAGUAACAGCAAAGGCAAGGGGAGAACAGAAAUAACUUUUGUCUUCAAAUAAAGCAGAAAUCAAGAUACACUACAUGAAAGCUAAUUUUAUAAGGUGGGAGGUUACAUUAAAAACUAGAAAGCGUUUUCAAGUUUUGAUUUUUUAGGCAAGGCAUUGGGCUUUGUACAGAUAAUAAAGUCUAACUUACUUCUUACCUAAUAAGGACAGUGGGGAAAGCAAAAUGAAACUUUAUGCAUGUUGCUACAACAGAUGAAAUCAGCAUAUUAGUAGGGUGCCUUACUCAUUCUUAAAUUCAUUCCCAUUAGAGAAGUUAUGUUCCUACAAAAACAAUGAGCAAUAAGCUGUGUAUUGAGCAUUACAUUUGUAAAAUUGUUCGGGUACGGUACUGUUGAAAACUCGGCAGCAAAUAUUAAUAAAAAAUAAAACCACUUAUAUUAAAAACACACCUUACUGGUUAAAUAAAAGUAACAUGGUCGAUGGCAGAA